AUGACUUUAUAUGUCACGUUUGGAAGUCUAUUUAAUAGCGAACCAAGUAUAACAAGGCCAAAGAGAAGACAGGGAAAACUUAUUUUAUUAAUUACGAUAACUAUAAAAACAUUCUUGAAUAUCUUUGAGACCUCAAAACAUUAUAAAGCUUACAGUAUGUACAGUCAAACUUCUAUAUAG